UAUCGACGAAAGCAGUCAAAGAGACGACCAAACUGGUCAAACAGCGUAACUAUCGACUGCCGGCCCGCGUAUUGCGUACACUACUGGCUCUGCGGAUCAAAGAAGUUAACGCUGAAUACGAAAGAGAAUCGCGAAAAAUCGGUUCAGAUUAUGUUCGAGACGUUCGAUACGAAGGCCAUGUAUUUGGCCAAUCAGGCCGUCCUAUCGUUGUACGCUUCGGGACAUAUUACCGGUAUUGUGAUGGACAGCGGCUACACUGUUACGCAUGCCGUACCUGUUUAUAACGAUUACGCGUUGACCUACGCUCUCCAACGACUCGAUUUGGCCGGACGUGACUUAACUGAUUAUCUUAACAAAUUACCCGACGGACAUGUGAUCACUGUUGGCAGCGAACGAUUCCGUUGUCCCGAAGCCCUAUUCCAGCCAUCAUUGUUGGGUCGGCCGGAGUUGUCGUUGUUGUCGUCCGGUAUUCACCAAACCUUAUAUAACUCUAUCAUGAAGUGUGACGUCGAUAUCCGUGAGGACAUGUACUCCUAUAUAGUACUAUCUGGUGGUAACACUAUGUUUACGGGUAUGGAUUAA